CGCUUCCGAGUCAGAGGUCACGCGGGGCCGCCGCUGCGCGUGGGCCAUGGUGCAGCUCCGGCCGCGCGCGUCCCGCGCCCGGGCGUCGGCGAUGGUGGACGAGGACCAGCCCGCGUCGGAGGAGGAGGCGGAGCACGGCGUGCUGCUCGGGCAGCCCAGCAGCGGCGCGGCCGCCGAGCCCCCGGAGGGCGACGAGGACGACGCGGACGACGAGGCCCCCGAGGAGCUGACGUUCGCCAGCGCGCAGCUGGAGGCGCGGGCCGAGGAGCGGCGGGUGCGGGAGACGGCGCGCAGGGACAAGACCCUGCUCAAGGAGAAGCGGAAGCGCCGCGAGGAGCUCUUCCUCGAGCAGAAGAAAAGGAAACUCCUUCCAGACGCCAUCCUAGAGAAGUUAAUCGCAGCCCCGCAGACCAGCUUAAAGAAGUCACCAGGAAAGUUGAAAGAAGUUGAUUUGCAGAAGAAAAGUGAAGAAUGUAAAAAAGGAAGUGAAUCCAAGAAAGCCAAAGUGCAGAAAGUACAGGCUGUUGGCCAUAAUAAAAGCUACGUGGCUGUAAGGCUCAAAGACCAAGAUCUGAGAGAUUCGAGGCAGCAGGCAGCCCAGGCCUUCAUACAAAACUCCCUGUAUGGCCCAGGAACCAACAGGACUACCGUAAACAAGUUCCUGUCUCUUGAGAACAAGAGGUUACCAGUGAAAAAAGCUGCAGCGCAUUUUCUGAAUAACACUUGGGGAACCCAGAAAAAACAAAAUGCCAAGAGGUUUAAAAGACGGUGGAUGGUCAGAAGAAUGAAAACUUCUAAGAAGUAAAGUUAAAGAGUACUGAGUACUUUGUAUUUUCGGACUUAUAAAUUUAGGGGGUAAUUAUUUGUGUAAAAAUUUAAUAAACUAUUUACAAAUCA